AUGUUCGCGUUCAAGUUGAUUAUUCUCUUUCUCCUCACAAAACCCCUGGUACAGGGAUUCUCCGUGCCUCUCCACUCACUAUUCCACUUUUUGGACGAACACGGUGAGCUUGCUCUCGACGAAAAACCGGUGGUCAAAUCACUCAUAGACAUACCCGAGGAUGCUGAAGACGAAACCCCGGAAGGACGCUCACCCAUGUUGGUGGAAAAGUUAAUCAAGAAGCCAAAACUCCGACAAGAUGGUGUACAUCUUGUCUUUUUUCCCCAAUAA